GUCGACAGCAUUGCCAAAUUUAUUUUUCCCCCAAAAUCCAACCCUCACUGUCAUUGAGAUCUACCUAGCAAAUGGAUUUUUUAUUUAAACCCACUGAACGCUGGUUUUCUUGUACCUCUUGCUCUCACCACAAAGCUCACACAUUACUUACAUGGACGUCAACAGCUCCUCGCAUUCACCAUUCUAUACUCCCCUGCCGGACCACCACCCCACCGACAGUGAAGCUCCACGCCGCCGUCCCUUGAAGGGUUUCGCCGGCAUCCUUGCCUCUGUCAUUUUUUUGCUCUCAUUAGUUGCGUUAAUUAUUAGCAAAAGCCAGGAACCAUUACCAAAGGAGGGUGCCGUGCCUAAUUCCACAUCACAAAAUCAAAAUGCAGCUGUUCAAAGAUCGUUGCCGAGAGGGGUUGCGGAAGGUGUCUCAGCCAAGUCAAAUCCGACCAUUUUGACUGAACUUUCUUAUAAUUGGACAAAUGCUAUGUUUUCUUGGCAAAGAACGGCAUACCACUUUCAACCUCAGAAAAAUUGGAUGAAUGAUCCUGAUGGUCCAUUGUUUCACAAAGGAUGGUACCAUCUAUUCUAUCAAUACAACCCUGAUUCUGCAGUGUGGGGUAACAUUACAUGGGGCCAUGCUGUAUCAAAGGACUUGAUUCACUGGCUCUACCUCCCGUUUGCGUUGGUUCCCGAUCAAUGGUAUGAUAUUGGUGGAGUGUGGACAGGAUCCGCCACGAUCCUUCCAGAUGGCAAAAUCAUAAUGCUUUACACUGGGGACACCUAUAAUUCUGUGCAGGUGCAGAAUCUAGCAUACCCCGCCAACCCAUCUGAUCCCCUCCUCUUAGAUUGGGUCAAGUAUCCGAAUAACCCGGUUUUGACUCCCCCAUCGGGUAUAUACCCUGAUGAAUUCCGGGACCCAACAACAGCAUGGACAGGGCCACCUGGGACUUGGCGGAUCAUGAUCGGGUCAACGGUGAAUAAAGCUGGAGUUGCACUUGUAUUCCAAACAACCGACUUCGAAAAUUACACCUUACUUGAUGGGUACUUGCAUUCGGUCCCGGGUACGGGCAUGUGGGAAUGCGUGGACUUUUACCCGGUCGCAACAAAUGGUUCGGUUGGGUUGGAUAACUCGGAAGGUGGCCCGGGAACUAAGCAUGUUUUGAAGGCUAGUUUGGAUGAUAAAAAGUAUGAUGUUUACGCACUUGGGACAUAUGAUCCUGUAGCGAAUAAAUGGACACCCGAUAACCCGGAGGAGGAUGUGGGUAUCGGGUUGCGCGUGGACUAUGGAAAGUAUUAUGCGUCCAAAACAUUCUUUGACCCGGUUCAGCGAAGGCGGAUCCUAUUUGGUUGGAUCAAUGAAACUGAUACCCAAAGUGAUGACUUGGAAAAAGGGUGGGCAUCUGUUCAGACUAUUCCAAGGACUGUGUUGUUCGACAACAAGACUGGAACCAACAUAGUCCAAUGGCCGGUGGAAGAAGUGAAGAGCUUGAGAUUGAACGGUAUGGUGUUUGAGGAGGUGGUGGUUGGGCCCGGUGAGAUUGUGCAACUUGACGUCGGCUCUGCCACUCAGUUGGACAUAACAGCAGAGUUCGAAACAGAGUACUUGGAAUCAAAUUCCACGGAUGAUUUUAGUGGUUGCGGCGCUGGUGCCAUUGACAGGAGCACUUACGGCCCGUUUGGCCUCUUGGUUAUUGCCGACCAAUCGCUUUCUGAGCUAACCCCUGUAUAUUUCCGGCCGUCUAAUACGACUAAUGGCACUUAUUUUUGCGCUGAUGAAUCAAGGUCCUCACUGGCUCCCGACGUCACCAAAGCAGUUUAUGGAGGGAAAGUUCCUGUGCUUGAUGGUGAAAAUUUGAGCAUGAGACUACUGGUUGAUCAUUCAGUUGUGGAAAGCUUUGCACAAGGAGGGAGGACAGUGAUCACGUCCAGAAUUUAUCCAACAGAGGCCAUCUAUGCAGCAGCAAGGCUGUUCUUAUUCAACAAUGCAACUGGAAUAACUAUAAAGGCUACUCUCACAGUGUGGCAAGUGAACUCUGCCUUUAUUCAUCCUUUCCCCUUAGAUCAAAUAGAGAAAUACUCUUCAGCAUGAGGCAUUAUAUUCCUUUAGCAAUCCCAUUUGGUUACCAAUUAUUAGCUACAAUAAUGUGUGAGGGUGCGUUUAGAAUUGCUGUUACUGUAGUUGUAGUUGUGGCUGUGGUUGUACUGAACUUUAUUAUACUGUAACUAUGGCCAAAAGUUAUUUUGGUGUUUGGUUAUUUAUUUUUUAAAAGUAUUAUAAAUGAAAUAUGAUAGAUUUU